AUGAUCGACCCCUUCCAACCACCACUGGCUUCCCCCCAAGCCCUCAUCCAGCCAGUCACCGAUGCCCUCCACUUAUAUACACUCCCCCUCCACAUCCACGAAAUCCUUCUCGCAUUUGCCGUUUACCAUGCCAUUUUCGAAUACAUAGCUCCUCCACUAUCCCGAUUCCUCCUCCCAAACAGAUACUCAAAGCUAUCACGGGAGAGCAGGUUACGAUGGAACAUGCACUGUGCAUCCCUUGUCCAGAGCGUGGCCAUCAGUGCGCUGGCAUUGUGGGUCAUGGCCGUAGAUGAUGAAAGGAGAGGUAUGAAUCUCGAGGAGAGGAUGUGGGGGUACACUGGAGCGGCGGGGAUGGUGCAGGCUCUCGCAACAGGAUACUUCUUGUUCGACUUAGCAGUUAUGAUUCGGCAUUUGGAUGUCUUUGGAUUGGGCAUGUUGGCACAUGCUUCGAGCUGUCUUUUGACGUAUACGCUUGGGUUUCGUCCGAUAUUCAACUAUUACGGCUGCGUAUUCAUGCUCUACGAGCUCUCUACCCCAUUCCUCAACCUCCACUGGUUCUUCGAUAAACUCGAUAUGACAGGCUCAAGAGCACAACUAUACAACGGCCUAGCACUCAUAUCCGUAUUUUUCAGCUGCCGUAUCGUCUGGGGUGCAUAUUCCUCCUUCAACAUCUAUAGGGACGUGUGGAAUGCUCGGCAUUUCGACCAUACUUUGAAAUCUAGUACUAAUGAGGAGAUGAUGAUGUAUGGUAGAGACACGGCUUUGCCGGUGUGGCUAGUGGUGUUGUAUCUAGGUGGACAUGUUACGUUGCAGGUUUUAAAUGUAUUUUGGUUGGGUAGGAUGAUUGCUGCCAUUAAGAAGCGGUUUUCUUCUCCCUCUUCUGGGACGGCGAAAAAGGAGGAGUAA